GCUACAACCGUCCGCGCGCUCUCUGCGCUGCUUUUGGCUAGCCAGCUAGGAAGAGCUAGACGGAAAUGGCGGUGACGGCGAGGCGAGCAGCAUGAAGUGCUGAUGCAUUACACGGAUCACAACUUCCUACUGCCAGGACACCGUUGGCCGAAUGACAAUGGCGUCGAAGUAGAACAUCGUUUGUAGCUAUUGUUACAAACCAACCCAUUCCCGGGAGAUUUUUUCAUCUUGUCAGAGGAGGCGAGAAAAUCACACCGGGAGCAUGGCUUCUCACAGCAACCAGUACAUCUUCGGGGAAUUCAGCCCUGAUGAGAUCAAUCAGUUUUUUGUGACUCCACGAUGUUACGUUGAGCUUCCUCCGUUCAAUGACAAAAUCCCGUGCGUCACCCAGUCUUCUGGAAGUUACUGCACUCCCGCUGUACCUUAUAUUAUGGAGUCUGUGGGACUGCAGGUUUGCGCAGAAGACUAUCAGCGCAUUGAAUUUGGCGUGAACGAGGUGAUGGACUCCAAGCCUGUCGGGGUGAACGAUCCUUUGUACAAGGUAUCGAGCACCCUCAACCCUCAGGCUCCAGAGUUCAUUCUGAGCUGCCAGUCGGCCCAGAAGGCUCAGCAGGCGUCCCCUCCGGCCGCCGACGUCCCCGAUGGAGCCCACUUCAACUCGCUGGACGGACCGGACUCGGAGGCUUUAUCCCUGGACAAUCACCAGGCCUGCCCAGACAUGGACGGUCUCCCAGGCAGCCUUGGACAACGAGAGAGAAAGAAAAAGAAAAAACGACCGCCGGGGUAUUACAACUACCUGGACCCCUCAACUGGCAGCGGCAGCGGUCCGGGAGACGGACCGCCCGUGACGGCGCUGGUGAAUGGACAUGCACUCGGUGGCCCUCACCACAGUGCCGAGGAUGUGGACAGUAAGGCAUUGUCGGGGGCUGAACUUCCCACCCCUGGACCUAUCUCCACGGCAACGGCAACAGCUGCUGUAGCGGCAGCCAAGUUUGCCCCCACAUCCACUGCCAAUCAGAGGACUUGUGAUAGCCCUGAUGACUCCUCUUUGGACUUAACAAGUGGAGCUGCCUCUUUAUCAGAUGGCAACAAUGCAACUUCCUCCUCUUCAUCCUCCUCUCAAAGCAGAGAGAUGACAGAGGGACCAAGGACUGCAGAGCAGCAGCCAGAUCAUUUGGCUCUGAAGAGCCCCGAACUUUCAGAUACUCCACACAGCCCUCGUUCCAAAUCACCUCUUCCUGCUGCCGCGGCCACUGCGGCGGCGGCGGCGGCCACCCCCUCUGUCAUGACUUCCAUUACGACUACUGAACUGGAGGCAGGGGAGGAAGCAGACAGUGGGGUGGCCAACGGCCUCGCAGAGCCUAUAACUCCUGUCAGUGCAGACGGACACAGAGAGGACUGUGACAGUGGGGAGCAGGCACAGCAGGACAGCACAGACUCUGCUGUCCAGCCAGCAGCGACAGAGCAGGCAGCUUCGCCUGCAGCUUCAGCUGCACCCACUGCCAAUCUCCCCAAAUCCUGGGCGAGCCUCUUUCACAACUCCAAACCUCUGCCCGGAGGCCCUCAGGCCUUUGUGGAGGUAAAGAAUGUUGUGGAAGUGGUGUCUCCCUCUCUUGCUAUGCCAGAACAGCCUGAGAAAGUUGGGGAGGUAAAAGAAGGCCCUGUCCACGUAUCAGAGGAUCCUAUGGCCCCCAAACUUGCAGAACUUAUAGAGAAUGUGAAGUUGAUACAUAAACCAGUGUCUUUGCAGCCGAGAGGACUGAUCAACAAGGGAAACUGGUGCUAUAUCAACGCUACCCUACAGGCCCUGAUUGCGUGCCCCCCCAUGUAUCACCUUAUGAAGUCAAUUCCUCUGCCUAAUGAAACCCAGAGACCAUGCACCUCCACACCCAUGAUAGACAACUUUGUAAGGCUGGUGAAUGAGUUCAACAACAUGCCCGUGCCAUCUAAACCCAAACAGCAAGCUGUUGGUGAAAAGGUCGUCAAGGACAUUCGGCCUGGUGUUCCUUUUGAACCAACGUACAUUUAUAAACUCCUCACGCUCAUCAAGUCAAGCCUUUCUGAGAAGGGUCGGCAAGAGGACGCGGAGGAGUACCUGGGGUUCACGCUCAACGGAUUGCAUGAGGAGAUGAUGGCAUUGAAAAAACUUCUCUUACCUCAGGAAGAGAAACCCCCCACACCCAACGGGCCAGAGUCUGUCCCGGGUGUCGAGGAAGACCUUGCUGAUAAGGAGGAAGAAGGAAGUGACGAUGAGUGGGAGCAAGUGGGUCCCAGAAACAAGACUUCCAUCACUCGCCAAGCAGACUUUGUCCGCACACCCAUCACUGAUAUCUUUGGUGGACACAUCAGAUCGGUGGUCUAUCAACAGAACUCUAAAGAGUCGGCCACUCUUCAGCCUUUCUUCACCCUGCAGCUGGACAUCCAGUCGGAGAAGAUCCGCACUGUCCAGGAGGCUCUAGAAACCCUCGUGGCUCGAGAGUCAGUCCAGGGCUACACUUCAAAAACCAAGCAAGAGAUCGAAAUAAGUCGGAGGGUAACUCUAGAAGAGCUGCCUCCUGUUCUGGUGCUGCAUCUCAAAAGAUUUGUUUUUGAAAAGACUGGAGGCUGCCAGAAGCUGACCAAGAACAUUGAAUACCCCGUUGACCUAGAAAUCAGCAAAGAUCUCUUGUCUUCUGGAGUACGAAGCAAAGUUGUGAAAGGCCAAAGAACAUACAGGCUUUUUGCAGUCGUCUAUCACCACGGAAACAGCGCCACGGGCGGUCAUUACACCACGGAUGUCUUCCACAUCGGUCUUAACGGCUGGCUUCGCAUCGACGACCAGACGGUGAAGGUCAUCAACCAGUACCAGGUGGUGAAGCAGACGGCCGAGCGCACCGCCUACCUGCUGUACUACCGCCGCGUCGACCUGCUGUAGACCCGCGCACGCACGCAUCUCCCCACACGCCCACAGGAACACACACACACACACACACCCGUUCACCCACGCACACACACACACACACACACACACACACACAACAUACAUGCUCAUAAUGCACUCUUUGACAGUACAUCUCCACAUGACACACACACACGCACACACACCAAAUUAUUGAACAGGAACACUGCCCAACUUGUUCUCUUGCAAGAAGUUUCCUCUUCUUCCCUCCGGUCCCUGCUUUCCUGAAAACCAGCUUUUCCAACCUUUUUUUUUUUUUUUUUCCUUUUCUUUUCUUCUUCUUCUUGUCUCCUUUUCCUUUUCGGAAGAAGAGAAGCAAGCUGCAUUCACAAAGUUUUCCCUGUGACUGCUCUCUUCUCUGCACCACUGCUGUGUUUUUUUCUUUUCUGUUUUUUUUUUUUUUUUUUUUCUGUUCUUUGUUUUACUUUCAAAGCAGCAAGACGGGACUGUUGCAUAGACAGAGGCGGGGUCCAGGUUUGGGGUUUGGACCCCAAGACCCCCACCGCCCCUCUCUGACAGCGAACCAGUGGACUCGCUCUAACAGGAGGAACUAUCGACCACGGGCUGCGAGUGGACUGCUGGGGUGACUCUUGUUCCAAUGACCUUUUCUUUCUUUUUUUUUCUUUUUUUAAGGAAAUGACCUAGAAAUAUCAGUGUUUGCCUUCAAGUAAAGGAGAACCGUUGGCCUGACGAGUCCGCAGCAGUUUAAAAGCCUAUUGUGCAUUGAAAAGGCCCAGCACCAGCAUUAUCAUAAGGCUCUUCUCCCGAGGCCAGAUUGUUUUCCUCUCUGCCACCAAACUUCAUCCUCCUCCAUUUCCUCACUUUUAUGAUGCUUUUUAAACGUAGGUACAACUUGAGCCAUCAGAAACAGGGAGGGGGGGCGGGGGAGAAAAGACGUCAAGUGGUACACUGAGUAGGAACUGAACUGCUUCCUUGUUUUGAGAGAUCUUUGUUAUGGUUUUUGGGUUUAGAUUUAGAAAGAAUAUCUUUAAAAAAAAAAAAAAAAGAAUAAAUAAAAAAUUAAUGCGCUUUAGAAUUUAAUAACAAAUAAGCUUCUGUGCACAAAA